GGGAAAUGAUUUAAUUAAAAUUCACGAGUCGAAUGUAAUAUGCGCAUUUGAAAGGGUUGGUUUCAGUUGAGUGGGCUGGGAUAAUAUUCUGCAUUGCUAAAUUAGGAACGAGAUGGUCGCUUUUCCUUGAGAAAGGUUAGAUCAAGGUUAAGAUUUUGAGGGGGAGGUGAAAGUAGUAUUUGAUGAAAUACGUGUUUUGAAAGCGUAAACAUCCUGUAAGCGCACAAGGCGAGACUUGUGAAACUUUCACUUGAUCAUUACAUUUCGAAGCGGUGAGGUUGGUGCUAUCAUCCUCCAUAAGGAUUACAAUGGAAGCUCGUAAUGAAUACCCAGAAGAUAUGGCUUUAUUUCAACCAAUUUCUUUGCAAGAUAUGUGUAUUCAAACUAUUUUAUCUUCGAUAUUAUGUAUAGCUGAACUGUAUAAUGUAGAACUGAAUAUUCCUCGUAUGAUUUUAAGAGAUAUAAUAGAGAAAGGUCGAUUCUGGAUUGAUUUUGAAAGUAGUUUCUCCUUAGAGAACAGAGAUGUAUUUUGGGAUGAAAGUUUAACUCUCUAUGAAAGAAUUCGAUUUAAUAAGUGGUUUUCUAAACAAUUUAUUGCCUGGUUUUUCUUUGAUGAUGAUGUUAUAUUUCUUUUACACCUAAAGAUUGCACAUAUCACAUUUGUAAAACAUGUAAUUGUUCAAAAUAAUGAGUCUAAUAUUUAUUUGAAAAGCUGCAACAACAAAUGUUUAGAAUUGUGGUUACGAUGUCAAACAGACACUACCAGAACGAAAUGUAAAAUUUUCAGAAAAUUCAAUCAUUUCUUAUGUUAUAAUGAAAGGGAUACCCUUUCUUAUAUGCGAAAUGAAGAUAACUGGUGUGAGAUAUGUAAGCAAAGUCCUCUGUAUUUCAUUUGCGACGAGAAUUCAUGUUGCAUUUCUUUUGGAAACUUGAUACACGAAUGUCCCCGAAUUAACCAUGAUCACUGUUAUAAUAAUUGCUAUGGAGGUUAUGUAGAAAACUUUUCUUUUAACUGUCGAAUAUGAA